AUGUCGUCUUCACACGGGAGAAGCAUCGGCCAAUACUACCUCACCAGGGACUCCUUCGGUAAUAGACCCAUGUGGCUAGGCGAGAUGCUGGAAUACAUGGAAGCCGAUAACACCACAGGUACGGAUGUGUGGGAACACCUCUUCAUCAAAUGGGGCGCCCGCACUGUCAUGUCAUAUAGCGUAUCCCUACCCAACUUCGCCUACGUUACCCAUUCGGUCAAUAUGAGCAUUAUGCCACCGCCGAGAAUGAAACAUAGAGACAUGAUAGUCGACAACUAUAAGGCUGCAGGAGGGGACUUAGCUACUUUUCAACGGAUCUGCGUCGGCUUUAUUACCAAUUCAUCAGCCUAUAAUUGUGUCGAGUCCGCGUUCGCUGCGAGAGGAUUACAAUUCCCAGAUAGGGAGUCCCUACACGGCCCGUCAGGAACACUAAGACGUAGCAGCGAACCAAACAGUACUGGCUGGGCCGAACUCGUACACGGAAACCCGUUCCUCGAGGGCCAGCAGAAGAUGCUGAGGGAAUACAGCAGAGAAUUCAACAACGCGCGGAUCAAAAAGGUAACAAUUGCCGUAGACGAGGAACCCGGCAUGAUCGACAUGAACCUCUUAUUCAUGGUAACGCACCUAACACGCGACGGGCGGGCUAUACAGGCGGCCCCGCAAGAGAAGCCUUCACCAGAGACUCGGGAAAUGAUUAAAGCUUGGGAUUGGGAUAUACACGAUUGCUAUGUGUAA